AUGGGUUUCACCGACUUGGUCUCAGACGCUGGCCUCACCAUUGCCAACAACUACCUCUCCACCCGCAGCUACAUCGUUGGGAAAGUUAUUGACUCGCGCCUUGAUUACAGCCACGCUCCUUCCCAGGCCGAUGCUGUCACAUUCAAGGCCUUGAGUGGCGCACCUGACGCCGCCAAGUACCCUCAUGUUGCUCGCUGGUACAAGCACAUCGCCUCAUAUGAAUCAGAGUUUUCCACUCUGCCUGGUGACCCAUCCAAGGCCUACACCGCCUAUGGACCCGAGACGACAGAGCUCCCCACCAACCCCAAGGACAAGCCUGCCGCUGAUGAUGACGACAUGGAUGACCUCUUCGGCAGCGACGAGGACGAGGAGGAAGACCCAGAGGUAGUCAAGGAGCGUGAGGCUCGCCUUGCUGAAUACAAGAAGAAGAAGGAGGCCAAGCCUAAGCCUCCUGCCAAGUCUCUGGUCACCCUUGAAGUUAAGCCAUGGGACGAUGAGACCAACCUUGAGGAGAUGGAGAAGAACGUUCGUGCUAUUGAGAAGGACGGUCUUGUCUGGGGUGCUUCCAAGUUUGUCGCUGUUGGCUUCGGUAUUAAGAAGCUCCAGAUCACCUUGGUUGUCGAGGACGAGAAGGUCUCCACUGAUGAGCUCCAGCAGCAAAUCGAAGAGGAUGAGGACCACGUCCAAUCCACCGAUAUUGCCGCUAUGCAAAAACUGUAA